GUUGGAAGAGGAUCACUAUGUGAAAGUUAAAGUUGAUGGUAUAGUGGUUGAAGAUGCCGAUCUCUGUAACGGUAACCCAAAAGGAUCUAAAUGCACAUACAAGCCAAGGGCCAGAAACACGCCUACCAUUGAAGAAAUGUCGACACAAUCUGGAAAACCUGGUACAUUUGUGACGCUGACUGGAAAUAUUAUCAGUGACAGAUAUGGCAGUAACAUGGUCGCUGCAACGAACGGGAAAACAGAGAAACUACUGAGAUUGUAUGCUGGACCUCAAGACUGUGGCUUGAAAGAAAACGACAAGUUUUUCGGCCUCGCACUUGAUAAUGAAGAAACUGAUCACGGUUCGAUGACGUGCAAAACGAAGGGAACAUCUGUUGGAUUCUUCAAUGCAAGUUUCAUCCUUGAAUCUCCAUACGGACGAUCAAAUCCAGAUCCUGAACUCUACCGUGUGUCAUACAAUGAUAAUAUACACAUGUUUCAAACAUACACAGAUAUUACCAGAAUCAGUCAAGCUGAGGGCAGCUUGGAGGGAGGUUUGAUCCUCACAAUCUACGGCAAUUACUUUGAUGACAGAAAACCUUAUACACCACCUAAGGCUUUCAUUGGAGAUGAGGAAUGUAAGGUAAAAGAGGUUAUGGUAGACGAGUAUGUGUCUUGUGAGGUGGCUGCAGACCCUGGCACAAGCGGUUCGAGUUUCCCUGGUAACCGAGGAGUCAGCUAUGAGUACUGGACAUCAACCAGCAAGGACAUGAGUAGUCUGGACAGCAUCCUUUCACUGACCAGUUCAUCAGCUGGCUAUAACGCCGAUGUCCUGGACGAGACAUAUUUCUAUGACGUCAACAAUACAAUGGACGGCUACGUCAGUAAAAUGACGACAUAUUUUACUCCUCCUCAUACCGGAGUGUACGAGUUUCAUUUGUUAGCAGACGAUGGCGCCAAAUUGUUUGUUGACGGAACAGGGGUAGUAUCAUCAGAGAGAGCUUGGGCGACAUCGGACAGAAUGAACCUUGACAGUAACAAAAGGUACCUUAUCCAGGUAGUGCAUUAUGAAAACUACGGGGACUCAUUCGCCCACCUGAAGGCGAAAUUUUUCAACACCACUUUCACCAGUGCCUAUACUGGUAACGCUAAACAGGAACAGCAGAUUAUCACCAUUUCAUCUGACGUGAAAUUUGAUAUACAGCAAAUCGAGUUUGAAGAUUUUUCGCUUAAAGCUGCCGGUUUUGAGAGUCAAACUCUGGUAGUCAGCACAGGCGGAGAGUUCAGGCUCGGGUUAUACGGAGUUUAUACAGAACCUCUGACCACCAACAUGGCCGAGACUGAUAUAAAGGAUGCUAUUAACAGUCUGCCAAUAUUUGGAAGUGAAGAAUCAGUCACCGUUGUCCGACAAGCAGUUGCCACGCCAACUUAUAAGAUUACAUUUGAUUCAAAACGAGGUGACUUUCCACGUUUUACUGUUGAACCAGAGUCCGCAGGAAAAGUGUCCGAAGAUACCGCCGGCGCGCCUGAUCAUGACACAGUGUCACUGUCACUAGCUGGCUUAGUCUCAGAACCAUUCUCUUUAUCAACUCUAACAGCCGCUAGUCUUGAGAAAGCUAUAGACGGCAUGUUUGAAGCAAAAUGUCCGGAGGUAUUUUCACCAAGGACUGCCAAGUACUACCAAAGUUUUGAAGUCGGAUCAGAUGAGUUUACAGGCACGAUGGUUAAAGACACAGAACCUUUCUGUGGAAGAUACGCUUUGAAGGAUCCAUUCCGUAUUUUCAAGAAAAAGGAAAAAGACCUCGGGAUAAUGCUAUCCCAGUUCAGCAUGUUGUGUUUCGCUUACAAAGGAUUUAUUCGUGAAUAUAUUGGCCUUAGCUUCUCAUUCAAAUCAGCAACAACUGGCGCCAGAGAAUCUAAGUGGCAUUUCUUCCGACACGAUUUCAAAACAGAUUCCGACACCGAGUCUGAAACAUGGUUCUAUACGUGUAUUAACAUCUAUGACGAGGUCAAGAAGAUUACGUCUACUGAUACAGAGCAUAGAAUAGAUGAAAUUAGAGUGUUCAGUCUUAAUGGAGACCAGUCGGGAUAUGUUGACUCUGUAGUGAUUGGCCAGAAAAUAACUACCGAAGAUAAUGAGGUUAACCUAAGGCGUAGACGCCCCACUCUUCCUAACGAUGCCUUGAUCAAUGAAGUGUCAGUCAGAAGUAUUUCUGGUGCAGUGUAUGAAGUAACGUUGAAACCGUUUGACUGUGGGAAUAAAUUCCCGCUUUUUGAAUUAGCAAACGGAAGGGUGACAUCGGGACAGGCCUCUUCCCCAAGUCGCUCAUUAACCUCCACACUGUAUAAUGGGAAAGGAAACAUUGAAGUCACGAGAUCGGAAGAAGCGUCACCGCCUGUUACUGGAAUGCUGGACGUAAAGUUCAACGGCAAAACUAAAACUGGACUUAACGUGUCCCUGGAGGCCAAAGACUUCAACAAGGUACUUUCAACCUUGAACAGUAUAGGAUCCUUGUCUGUUGAAAAGGAAGGGAACUGUGCUAAUUUUGACAUGAAAGUUACUUUCCUCACACUCCCUGGAGAUCAACCAGAAAUGGAAGUAACUGGCUCACAAUUGGAUGGCAUUAACCCUUCAGCCAGUAUUUCAACCUCUGUAGAUGGCGGUUUAUUCUAUUCACCUUUGACUGGUGAUAUGACUACCACUGUACACAACAAACCUCAAACUCGAUUGUACAUCAAUGAUGUGCCAACAGCUUGUUCUGGAGACUGCUCCUUUGAAUGGAAGUCCUCUGUUACACCUACUGUCACUGCAGUGUCGCCAUCUACAGGAACAUCUGCGUUGAGUACAUCCAUCGAUAUAACUGGAACUGGCUUUAGCACAGACAAAACCAUGAAUAAUGUAACCAUCGGAGGCGUCGCUUGUACAGUUACCGACUCAACAGCAACAAGUAUCACAUGUGACGUUGGGAAUGGUCCAGUAGGUCAAGCUAAAGUUAUUGUCACUGUUAAUGGGAAAGGUAAUGCCAAACACACCAAUGGAGAUGUAAUGUUUGAAUACACCGCUGAUAUUUCUGGUAUUUCACCAUCAACAGGCAGUCUUGGAGGAGGAGUUACCUUGACAAUAUCCGGCUAUGGUUUUAAAACUGGUGCUUUAGUUACUAUCAACUCAGCACCAUGUAAAGUAAUAAAAAUACAACCAGAUCAGAUUCAGUGUACUGUUCCUCCGAUGAAAACUGAUGGGACACAUAAUGUUGUUGUUGAACAAGGGACUACAACAUUGACAUUUUCCUCUUAUACGUACGAUUCCUCCCUGACUGCAACUGUUACUAGCGUUACUCCAUCUACUCUAGGAGUGCUUGGAGGGCGACUCACCAUCGCAGGUUCAUCGUUCACUUCAACACAAGGCAACGUGUAUUUAGGCAAAGUAGUAGGAACUGUAGCUUCAUGGACAGAUUCCCAGAUUGAAGUUGACGUAACAGAUGUUCCUGCUGGUACACAUGAACUUAAAGUAGAGACCAGUAACGGAGUCGCAACCGAUGGGUCUGGAGAUAUACCAACGGUCACUGUCGACCUCAGUAUUACAAACGUGUUUCCUCUGCAAGGCUCUUUAUUGGGUGGAACGAAAUUGACUAUUACUGGAACAGGAUUUGGUAACAACGAAACUCUAAUUGAUGUAAAAAUAGGUGAAGUUAAUUGCUUGACUGAGACUGUUACAGAUACACAGAUAGUGUGUGAAAUUACUGAUGCGGCUAAGACACAUCAUGUUACCAACAAGGGAACAUCUCAAGAAUUUGGUCUGUAUUAUGCUUUCGAUAAGCCUUACAUCAAAAUCAACGCUGGUGAUUCAUUGACAUGGACAUGGGAAACUCCUGAUUUUGUAAAAGAAGUUGCUCAUGCUAUUAUCGAGAUUGAUAGCCCAAGUGCAACUUCAGCUAAGAUAGGAGGGUUCAACAGUGGAACACCUACUAAAAAUGGUCAAUAUACUAAGCGGUUUACAGACACUGGCGUGUACUAUAUAUGGAGUGGCUUCGUAGAUCCUUUCAAUAUCAAACAGUAUGCUGGUACUGUCGAAGUAGGAAAUGCAGAAUCAAGACUGGAAGAAAUUAUGGUUAAAGUUGGUGAUAUUGAAGCCCUACAUAGUGUUGGAGGUGCGAAUAAUCCUGUUGAUGCAUCUAACUGUAAAUCGGUAAUAACAGCGAAAGAUCUUUGUUCUGACAGUCAACCAAGUGGUGGUGAUCAAAAUAAAUUUAACUUUGCCUUCUGGACAUGCAGCACGCCUAUAGUCACAUCCAUUGACGUCAAUAAUGGUACAGUUCAAACGACGGUAACAAUAUCUGGCGAAGGAUUGUCAGGGAAAGAUUGUCAAAAUGAAGUAAAAUUUGGUGACUAUGACUGUGAGGUAACAUCAUCAAGUGAUACAGAAGUUCAAUGUAAAUUUGCAAAAUCUGAUGAGCCAGAGCUUGGAGUUUUGUAUCCGUUGAAUAUGAGAGUUGGUAAUCGUGGUCACGCACUUAUUUCUAUAGCAUCUGAAGAAGACACAGGAUUUGGUCUAAUUCCAAAUAUCGAAUCAAUAACACCAACAUCUGGUUCUCUAGCUGGUGGUGCACGUGUAACAAUAACUGGUUUUGGUUUUGGCGAUUCUCCACUUGUAUACAUUGGUACAUCAACAUGUGACAUUGUUGAGAGCUCAUACUCUGAAAUCAUCUGUGAGAGUCCAGCAUCCUCACAGGGCGAGAAUGACAUUGAAGUGCAUGCAUACAUAAAUGGAAAUCCCUUACCUGCAGAAUGCCAGACGUCAACCAUGACAUGCCGAUUUUCUUAUGCUUCCCUGUGGACACCAUCAGUGACUGCAAUAAAUCCGGACAGUAUGUCAAGCUCUACUACAGUAACUAUAACAGGAACAUCGCUUGGAACUGAUAAAACAGAAUUAGAGGUCAUAAUUGGUGGAUCCUCAGCAACAGUUCUAACAGCCAAUGAUACCACUCUCACAGCUCGUAUUGAUAACAUACCAGCAGGUGAUAAUGACGUGAUUGUGAAAGUAAAAGACUAUGGUAAAGCAUCAGGUAGUCUAAAGAUUUACGGAACUCCUACCAUCUCUGCAAUUGUACCUUCAUCGGGAAGUAUUCAUGGUGAAACAGUUGUAACAGUUCAAGGAAAUGGUUUUGUUGAUAAUGAUACUACAGUUUCUAUCGAUGGUGCAACGUGUGAGAUCAGUUCAACUACACUUGCAGAGGUGACUUGUAAGACACAGCCCCAUGCAGCUGGUUCAGUAACAGUUGCAGUUUCUUCUAACGGAGUUUCCUACACUUCUUCGUCGUACAGUUAUAGUGCUGGAUCAACACCAACCGUUACAUCCAUUAAUCCAGUAUCAGGAUUGUCAGGUCAAACAUUAACUAUCUCCGGAUCAAACCUAGAUGGUGGUGCUGUAAACGUUACCUUAGAUGAUGUUGAAUGUUCGGUCAUCUCAAGUUCAAGCAAUCAAAUUCAGUGUACCCUUGGAAAUCAUGCUACCGGCUCUGUUCCGGUGUCUGUUCUUGUGGAAGGGAAAGGGCGUUCAAAUACUGACCAGCAGUUUGAAUAUCAGUUAUCGAUCAGUAGUGUUUCUCCAGUUGAAGGCGGUACUGCCGGAGGACAAACAGUUGUGGUGUCUGGAACAGGGUUUGAUGACACGGCAACUGUAACAGUAUGUGGCCAACCAUGUGUCCAGGUCGGAUCUACAUCAACUGCGUAUACAUGUAAAACUCCCGCAAAUGCUGCCGGCACAUGCGAUGUUGCUGUAAUCCUUAAUGGCCUUACAAAAACAUUGCCUGGCUCUUACACGUACAAUGCUGCUUUAACACCAACUGUUUCUAAUGUUACACCCACACGAGGCGGCACCGGUGGAGGAACGUCCAUUACUGUAACCGGAACAGGCUUUGGGUCUGUUAUUGGCAAUGUUGAAGUUAUGAUUAAUGCAGUCGAAUGUGUAGCUACGUCAGUGACAUCAACACAGAUAGUGUGCACGACAGGGCCACAUCCCGGUUCAAUUGAUACCAAGAUAGAGGUUCAAAUCUCCGGAAAUGGCAUUGCUGAUGAGGCAACCUCUGGUGAUGCGGACUUUAGCUAUAUAGAUGUAUGGUCAUCACUAUAUACAUGGGGAGGAAGUUCACUGCCUCAAGCAGGAGAAUUUAUCAUAAUUCCUGCUGGUAUGACACUGUUGUUAGACACAGACACUCCGGUUCUUAGUUUCCUGCUAAUCCAAGGCGGAAAAUUGAUAUUUGACGAAAAGGAUGUGGAACUGAAGUCUAAAAUCAUAAUGAUUACUGAUGGAGGUCUUUUACAAGUUGGCACGGAAUCUGAACCUUUUCAGCAUAAGGGUAUCAUCACCUUAUACGGUCAUCAUAGAGAUAAGGAAUUACCUAUUUAUGGAACUAAAGUACUCGCAGUCAGGAACGGAACGCUAGAUCUUCAUGGAAUAGAAAUACCUCUAACAUGGACAAGGUUAGAAUCAACAGCCACAUCAGGGUCAAGCACACUUGAAUUACAGAACCCAGUGGAAUGGAAUGUUGGAGACGAAAUAGUUAUUGCUUCAACAAGUCAUAAACAUUCGCAGAGUGAAAAUGAGAAGAAAAAAAUCACCAACAUAUCAUUAGACAAACGUACACUAACGCUUGACUCUGCACUUGAAGCCACUCACUGGGGCACGCAGGAAACAUUCGAUGGUACAACUGUAGAAUUCAGAGCUGAAGUUGGAUUGCUGACACACAAUGUUGUUGUCAGGGGUAACACUGAUGCCCAAUGGGAACAAGAAAUAAAGGCAUGUGAGGCUGGAUUUGAUACAGGUGAGUUUGUAACUCAAACAUGCUUCCUGGGGAGAUUUGGAGAUGAAAUUGGCAGCAGUCAAUUUGGAGGAAUGAUUUUGGUUCAUGCUCCUGUAUAUAAUACUCACGAAGCCCAGGCUAAAAUCUCAUAUACUGAGGUUACUUUUGCUGGUCAAGCAUUCAGAUUAGGCAGAUAUCCUGUACAUUUCCAUUUGAAUGGUGAUAUGUCAACUAGCUAUGUUAGAGGAUGCGGUAUACAUCAUACUUUCAACAGAGCUGUAAAUAUUCACGGUACUCACAAUACCUUGAUUGAAAAGACUGUCAUUUAUAAUAUCAUGGGUGGAGCGUUUUUCUUGGAAGACGGUAUCGAGACCGGAAAUACCAUACAAUAUAACUUGGCUGUUUUUGUAAGGGAGAGUUCAAGUCUUUUGAACGAUGAUAUUACCCCUGCCUCCUAUUGGGUUACUAAUCCAAACAACACUAUUCAGCAUAACGCUGCAGCUGGUGGAACUCACUUUGGUUAUUGGUACAGGAUGCACGAUCACCCCGAAGGACCAUCACACACUGAAUCAGUAUGUCCUAUCAAAACUCCUCUAGGGGUGUUUUCAAACAACUCAGCCCAUAGUUUUGGUUGGUUCGGUUUGUGGAUUUUCCCAGACUACUUCCCCCAAAAAGAUUCAUGCAUUGCCUCUGACGCAGAGCCAGCAGUUUUUGACGGUCUGUAUGCAUGGAAUUGCGAUAAAGGCGCGGAAGCUGUUAACAGUGGUGCUUUACAAUUUAAAAAUUUCAUUCUUGUUCAAAAUAAACUAGCUGGUUAUGAAGGAAAAAUUGUAUUAAAUGCUCCUCUGUACACGGAUGAGGCUCCAAUGAUUGAGGACAGUUUGAUAGUUGGUCUUACAACAGUUAUACCACAUGUAGAGCAAGGCUGUACAAGAGGGGGUUUAAUCUUUCCAUAUGGAGCAGGAUUCAAAGCAAAAAAUGUCCGAUUUGUAAAUUUUGCAAGCAAUAACUGUGCAACGCUCCGCAUGACCAGAAUUGAUGGAACAUGUAGCGACUUAUGUGGUGGAUACACAUACCAUACUGAAGGCAUUAAGUUUGUAAAUGCGCCAAAUAAAGCAGUAUUUGCAUGGGAUUGGGAAGGUGUUUUUACUGAUUUGGAUGGAAGUCUUACAGGUAAAGCCGCUGGCUGGACUGUCUUACCAACCACAGGUACUGUACCAACUGAUUGUGAACAUGCAGCAGACUUCAGUAUGUUCAAGCCCGCAAGUAUGUGUCCACCAAAAUACAAGAAAUGGCACAGACUGUCAUUUAACAAAGCAACGCCAGAGUCAUUAAACGGCAGAAACUUUAUGAUAACAAACCAGUUUGGUACAAGCAGCUGUCCGUUUGCCGACAAACGAAUUACUCAUGGAUCAGGAUGGGCAUUAGCUCUACUUGAUGGUGCAACUUACUCGUUCGAAUUUGAAGGUGCAAAACAAAUUCAUAAUAUAAGUUUCACGGGACAAUUUGAACAUUUUGAGGCAAGUGAUUAUCUUUUGAUGGAAUUCGAAGCAGAGGUUCUACCUGAUAGGUUUUCAUUCGAUGGAGGUCAAUCAUACAUAAAUGCAACUGUUGGAAGUAUAGAUCCAGCUACUGCGAAAAAUGGUGAUUGGACAUGGGACAAUACUAACAGCAAAGUCAAAUUCAUAGUCCAUGGAAAUAAACGCUCUAAACGUGGUAGCCCAUCGCCCGGACCUUAUUCGGUGGACCGGCCAGUAACUUUCACAGCAUAUAAAUGUUUUUACGAGAAUUGCAUUCCUCCACCGGACCCGGAUACUGUACCUCCUGCAACAGAACGCCCACUUGACUUUGAUUUAUGGGAUGAUACUACUCUCUGGAACAUCUCUAAUAUAGACAAUGAGACGUUUGUGUCUACAGAAGGAGGGACAUAUGGAUUGCCGACUGACUUUGAUAACGUCCGGAUUGCAGCUGGAUCGUGGGUGGUAGUUAACAGGACUACACCAUUCCCGAAGCUUGGAACAAUACUGAUUGAGGGUGUUCUCGAGUUUUUUGACACACCAGGAGCUGUGUAUGAAAUUGAGGCUGACUUUAUCAUCAUCAAAGCAGGUCGACUCAUUAUCGGUUGGCCAGAAGAUCCGUUUGAUGGUUUGGCUACAAUUACUUUAAGAGGGAACCAAUCUUCACCUUAUCGUAUUCCAGGAGACGGGCCUGUUCUUGGAGCCAAAGCUAUAGGCGUAUUUGGUGGCUUGGAUCUCUUUGGAAAAGAUGUCGGGAAUACCUGGACAGAACUUGCAACAACAGCUACAGCUGGGUCAAAUAAAAUAGUUCUCUCAGACCAGGUGCAAUGGUCUUCUGGUGAUGAAAUUGUUCUUGGACCUACAAGUUUUGAUCCAUGGCAGACUGAAUCGUUUAAAAUAGAGUCCGUAGCAUCUGACAACAUUACCCUUACAUUGAACACUACAUUGAAACACUCUCAUAUAGCUCACCGUGAGACGCUAUCUAACGGUCAGGAAAUUAAGGUCGGUGCAGCAGUUGGUCUUUUAUCAAGAAAUAUCAAGAUAGUCGGACAAGACUACGAUGCUUUGUACAAGGAGUCAUUUGGAACUCGCGUAAUAGUUGGAUUAAUAACUUCCAACGGCCAAACUUAUACAGGUUAUGCAAGAUUGUCAAAUGUCGAGUUCUAUCAUACCGGACAAGAGGGAUUCACCGAUGAGUUUGACCCAAGAUACUCACUCGCCUUUUUAGCUACAGGAACUGUUAGUGAUGUUAAGCCGUCAAAAGUCAGUAAAUGUUCCUUUCAUAAUGGUUUUAAUACAGCAGUCGGAGUGUUUGGUACAGGAAGUCUUAAUGUGACAGAAAACGUUGUAUUUGGAUCUAUUGGAAACGCUAUAAGAACCAGCUCCGGUGAUACAAGACUAAUCAACAACUUAGUAGCAUUGGUUGUGAGUACGGCUUCUUACCAAGAUAGAUUUGAAUUAUACGAUUUUGAGUCUGAAAGCGGCAUAGAGGCUAUGACAUCUUCUGACUUGGUUCUUCAAGGAAACCUUGUCACUGGUUCAGAGAGGAUAGCAUUCCAUGUUCCACCUCAAGAUUGUGACGACACUUCCGAUAGAUACAAGAACAAUAAAGCUUAUGCGAAUGUCCUAGGAGGAUUUGUUGUUGAAUUCAGAGAUGUUCUUAAACAAACUGACUGUGCGCAAAUGUCUGGUCACACAGUUUGGAAAACUCAUGACUAUGGUAUUUACUAUCAAAACGAUCCAAGUUUCCUUGCCCAAAAUAAUAUUCUUAUUGAGAACACCAACGGUCUCUUCCCUAUUGUGUUAAAACCGCAUUCAUUAUCACAUGUCUUUGCAAACAAAACAAUGCAAGUGCGUAAUACACUAUUUGUAGGCGAAACAAGUAGUUUUGACUGCCAAAAUGAUGUCACUCCUAAAAAUGACGAUAACUACAAGCUCUCUGAAAUGGCUCGUCCUAGUAUGUUGCCUUCGAAAGGAAUGGUUGGUUUGAUAUUUCCAAACUUCUAUUCGAAAGACAACGGACUUCCUACACAUCCAUGGGCAGGAUGUAUGUCUUAUCCAGCUAUAGGUGGACUUAUGAUAAUGAACAACGUCACCUUCGCGAAGUAUAAGAGUAGCAGUUGCAAAUCAAACUUUGGAAUUUCUACAAAUGCUAACAAUGAUGACGGAAUACACCCCAUUGAGUCGAAAGAAGUGACUUUGAUUGAUGUUGACGAGACCAACAAAAUCAUAUAUCAUAGACCAAAUGUUGCACGUAUUAAUGGUGCAGACUGCGUCGACAUGGAUUGUGAUGGACAUAAGAAAGCUCUUUUCAAAGACAUGGAUGGUACGUUCCUUGGCCAUAUUGGUUCCGUCGUUCCGGAAUCAGAAUGGGAAUGGGAUGGCGAUCCGAGACGUGGUCUAGGAGAUGCCAGAAUACCAAAAACAAUGCUUACUGACAUAGAUGGCAAUAAAAUUGCAGUCAAUACAUUAGCUCCACAUAAAGGUGUGAUCCGAAGUGACAACUGUAUAUAUCGCUCUACAUGGCACGCGUAUGAAUGCGACUCUGAUCUGAACUAUCAGUUGCUUAUAAUAGAAAGUAUGGAUGAUGACACGGAGACGAGGCGUCUUUCUCCAGUUGCUAUACUUGGUAAUGGAUAUCUUGAUCUUAUCAAUGGUCCGCAGGAUCACGGAUGGUGCAGUGGUUACACAUGUAGAUUGCGAAUAUCAACAUUUAUGGCCCUUGUUGAUACAGGUGAAGAUUAUUUGGUACAUCUGUCAAGUGUCACACCCAAGCAUAUGAGAUACCGUUUGUUGAACGCUUCUCCUAGUGAAGCAAUUAAGUUCACCCUUUGGUACUCAAAGUCAAAUAGACUUGAUGUGUAUGUUGAUAACGAGUAUGUCAUGCCAACCAACGGAAGAACUGACAGCAAAGGCAGAUUCAUUACAUCGACUCCAAAAGGAAAUGAGUAUGAACCUUAUAUAGCAAAUGGAACGGGAGCCAAUUACUUUGACAAAGAAACCGGGGAAUUGACAAUAAUCAUUAAAGGAACACAAGUAAUUGAUGUUAAAACACAGGAGUCUGUCAUUGUAACAUUUGGUAUGCCAAGCUUAACUGUUGACCAGUUCUUCGGGGACGGCAUCGUUGAAAAUCUGGCUAAUUUCCUGGGUAUCCCAGUAAACAAAGUACGUGUAGUGAAGGUUGUGAGUGCAUCAAAUAGCGGACGAAAGAAGAGAUCAACUGGAGGAAUAACUGUUGAAAUUGAAAUUGGAGAUGAACCAGUGUCAAAUAUUAAUGACACCGCUUCAAACUCGAUCGAUUAUUCAAAGCUGACAGAGAUUGCUUCAAGCAUCGUAAAUGAAUGUCAAGUAGGAAAUGUUAGCGAAAGUCUGAAUGUGACUGGAGGAUGUGAGACUGUUCAGGUACCGGCUACCGACCCAGCAUCACCCACUAUUGUGUACAACACGCCGUCACCAGAUCACCUUUACUUUGUUGAUAAACCAGAGCCAGAAUAUGAAGGUGUCCUUCUAAAAAAACAGCCAAGAAUACGAGUUGCUGAUAUUUCGGAUAAUGUUAUAACUGAGCUUGGAACAACAGAAUAUCCAUGGCAGCUUACUGCUAGUCUGCGAGAAGGCUCUGGUCACCCAAAUGCCAUGUUAAACGGAACUGUCACUGUAAACUGCAGUGAAGGUUGGUUUACCUUUACCGACCUUGCUAUAUCGCACAUGGGCACCGGCUAUGUACUGGACUUCAAUGUCUCCUACCCAGCGGAAGCUGAAAACUUUACAUUGGCUUCAGAUCCUUUUGAUGUUGAUGGACGACCAAUAAAGGUUCACGUAUAUGAUCAAACAAGUGGUGAUAUCGUGAAAGAUGCUCGUUUUUCAGUUACACUAGAUUUGCAAGAUUCUAAUACAGAAGAUAUCAUUUCCGAUAUUGCAUGGAGGGAUCACACAUGGACUUCUGAAGUUAUCCUGCUUGGAAGCUCCAAUUAUGCCUCUCUGAGUGGUGUCUUUACGUCUUCCUUUGACGCAACCUCGGGAAGAGCCUUGUUCCCAGACCUCACCCUUACCGGUUUUGGAAUGUAUUACUUGCAGUUCAGAGUGAUCUCGAACCCUCCAGAUUUCAACUUGACCUUAAACCACAAACUGAACAUCAAAAACCCAUCACACGUUGGUAUGACAGUUGAGGAAGAUUAUGAAGUACAGGUUAAGUUUGAUGUUGAUUUCAACAAAGUGUUGCCAUCAGUGGACAAACAGAAUGAAUUUGAGCAGAUGGUUCUGACAGAAUAUGCUAAUUUGUGGCCGGACGUACUGCUUUCUAUUGGCUCUAUCAGAGAAGGGAGUAUCGUAGUGACAUUUGUUAUAUCAGGAACCUUAUCGUCUGUGAAUUCUACAGCAUACAGUCUGUGUGACAGUAUUUAUAAUAAGACGGCCUACUCCUAUAACGGUUACAGUCUUACUCUGUCUCCCUACCUCACCAUCAACAACCAAACUUACUAUGGAGUGACAUGUGGCGAAAUAUCGGAUGAUGAAGACGAGGGACUUGCAACUUACCUUAUUAUUAUCAUAGUCCUGCUCUGUCUGCUGGCCGUCAUAGCCGUUGCUGCUGUUGUUAUUUGGAAGUGUUCCGUCAAGCCAAAGACACAAACACACGUUCCUGUAUUUGUUAAACCUCUUGGAAAUGACAAGACAGCAAUGGUACAUGGUACUCAGUACAUUGGCUUCACCGACGGGAAGCUCGAGGAUUACCUGUUCAGAGACGAAUCGUUUACGAGCCUACGAGGCGGUUACUUGAACACCCAAGCCCCACCAGUUGCAACAAAAAUAAAGAUCGCAAAUAUCCCAGAGAAUGAAUACCUGUAUGGUUUGCAAUCUCCAAGAUCUGAAAGCGGAGAGUCUGCACUGACGGCAAGAUCAAUCAUUAGUGUGUCAGAUCUUUUAACAACUGACACCAAAAACAUGCCCCUUGGAACUGAUUUUACACCGAGAGCAACUGGAAAGUGUCUUCAAGUCGCAAGAUUUAGAGAGGAAUUCAGACAGCCAAGCCCAAGUGGCAGUGCAUCCCCAAUGUUACAUAGAGCAUGUACCCCUGUUACGGAAAUAGAAAACGAUCUACCACCUGUUGGAGAGGCAAGAUAUAGAUUAUAAAUAAUGCUGACCAUGCAAAGCUAAAACACGAACGAAUACUACUGAGAUACAUCGUUGUCGGACAUACAACUAUCACAGCAUACCUGCAGUAUACAUGUAUAUACAUACAACAAAUGUGAACGUAUGCUUGUAAACAGUGCAGAACUUGAAAAGGACAAAAUAUGAUAUUUGGACUUAUUUCGCAAUGCAAAUUAUACGCUGUGAUUUUAAAUAUUC